AUGAAAACAAGCCAAUGCACCGAAGUCUUAGAAGAUAGGAACAGCGACAAGUCGCAGGAAGGGCUUAAGCGGAGAAGGGCUAGACAUAGGGUGUUAUCAACCUAUUCUUUCAACUAG